UUCAAACCCGAAGUGUCUGCCACGCUCAAGGGCGAGUGCAGCCUGGAGAUGAUUAUGGAUAUGCAGAGACCUGCCCUGCUCGCCUCCAUUGCCCUCCGAGUCAUGCAUCCUCAGCUCUACUGGGCUUCCCUAAGGACGCACAUUGAGCUCGGCCAUUGGUCAGCACAGCAAGGAUUGCACGACAUGCAUCGCCUCUUGAAGCAUUGGGCCUCGGUUUACACAGGGGCUGCUGUCAUGUGUAACCAUGAUUCUCCUUGUCACCGAGAUCCAAAAUGCCCGCCCGAGGCAUUUGACAUACUGACUUGCAUUGGUAGCUACUGA